AUGUCUUCCAAUAAUCAAGGCAAUCAACAAGUAUCAUCUUCAACUGAUCGUACAGCAAACCAAUUGCAGCCCGAAGAUGGUGUAUCAGAACAAUCUCAGCAGAUCGAAGAAAUUGAUGUUGCUCUAGCUGAUCAGAGUGAUAGUUGGGAAACUGAUGAUGAAGGAGAUUUUUAUUUUGAACAAGAAGCUCAUAGUUCAUCAGACCAAGAUAAUGCUGGUGAUGAUAGUUUUCUUGACUUAGGUUUAUCAGAACAUUUAAUCAAAUGUUAUCCAACAACAACUGCUGAGAACGUAUCAGUAGUUGGUAUUGUAUGUGAUAUUUGUUUAAAUGAAUACAAAUCCGAUGAUAUAUUGCGAACUAUUCCAUGUUUACAUAGAUUUCAUAGUAAAUGUAUUGAUAAAUGGCUCAAGAAAAAUUCAAAAUGUCCAAUGUGCAGAAGUGAUUUACGAAAAUCUGAAUGGUAUUCCGAGUGA